GAUUGUUGUCGCUGUCUCCAUUAGAUACGUCUUCAUUGCAUUUGCAAUAUGUCUGUUACACUCCAUACCACACAAGGAGACCUGAAGGUCGAGCUUUUCUGCGAAGCAGUGCCCCAGACAGCAGAAAACUUCAUCGCUCUCUGCGCAAGCGGCGCAUACAACAAUACCCCAUUCCACCGUCUCGUCCCCGGCUUCAUGAUUCAAGGCGGCGAUAUCUCUCUUGGCCCCGCCGCAACCACCUCGAGCGAAGGCAUAAAACCCAUGCUCCCCUUCGAAGACAUCCCCAAAGGUGGCACCUCAAUUUACCACCCCUCAGCUUUGAACCAAGAAAUCCAGCUCCCCGCCCUACGGCACAACACGCGGGGGAUUCUCUCCAUGGCCUCUCGACCCGUCAAGAACCAGACGGCUCCCGGUUCUCAAGGCGCUACAGGCGCCACAAUUAACGGCAGCCAGUUCUUCGUUACUUUUGCCGCCGCGCCGCAUCUAGACGGAGCCAGCACGGUCUUUGGGAAAGUCCUAAACCUCACGGCGCAGGAUGAGGGUGGGGACAUCUUAACGAAGCUAGAGAAGGCGAAUGUCAAGAUCGAUAAAAAGGGGAGGGUGGUGCAGCCCAAGGAUGGUGAAACGGAGUACGAGGCCUUGCGGAUCAACAGCGUAACGAUACAUGCCAACCCGUUCGCUAAGUGAGCGAAUCCCUCAUAAACCUCUCGCGUUCUGUACGCCCCGGUACCUUGUUUUCGCCACGCUCCUGAGGUGAGGCCACGAGGAAAGUGCCGUGAGGAAAACCAUGACUUCCAAGGGCUCCAAAAAUUGUGCGCCAGCGAAAUCUGCGUACUUGGGUAGAAGUUUAAAUACGCAGACAGUUCACCCCUGCAGUAUUUCAGUACUGACUUCGAUCCGAUUCUAUCCAUAUAAGAAAUGCUAAUUAAAAGGCAAUUCUCACGAAGAACGACUUUAUACGGGCAAGGCUGUCAAGCAGCUUGGUUUAUCCAAAAAAAAAAAAUUUACGAUGUUUAUGACCCUAUUUGCCUAGAAAUCUUGCGAGCUGUCAAACAAAAUUUAGAACGUUG